CCCACAGUUCGGUCACAGUGGUCAAACAGUGCAGUCAUGAAGGCAGUGACUUUUGCUAUUUUUGCAGUCCUAUUGGUGGUGGUUUCGUGCCGGCCAGACAAGCCGGACCUGAAGCAGCUGAAGGCGGAGGCGGCCCGGAAGAAGGCGUGUACUCACGAUUGCACCUCCGUGGCACUCGACCCCGUCUGCGCGGGCAAGCAGGGCGACAAGCCCAAGUCCUUCGCCAACGAGUGCGUCAUGAACAACUAUAACUGCGAGCAAAAAGACACGCUGCACAAGAUCAGCAAAGGUGAAUGCCCGGGCUCGCAAGGCAUCCGUCUGUCCUAAACGAACGAGCGAAUACCGCCAGCUUUUACACUCAUCUAUUAUAAGUUAUAUUGUCAGCACUGAUGAUUGUUGCAUCACAAUGAUUUAUGCCUCUUUUGAAGAUUUUAAUCAGACUGCGAUCUAAAAUAAGCUUGGUUUAUUAUACUUUUAUGCAUUUUUUUUGUAUUAAGCUAGCUUUGAAAGUAAUAAAGAUAAAUAUAUUUGGUUAA